CGUUGGCCUUCAUGACAUUGCAGCAAAAUCCUUGUGAUUUCAAGUUUUUGCUGAACUUGUAAAAGAGGAACUUGGAUGAUGGAUUAAUAAGAACAUUGAAAUUCCGUGAAAAGUUUCUAAUUGGAGAAUCUUGAACGUUCAUUCCGGUCCAGCAAUUCUGCUGGUCACAUAAAUACAGAUGAAUGAAGACUCCAUUCAGGAAAACAGCUGGCCAGAGGUCCAGAGCUGAUGCAGGCCAUGCUGGUAGCAAGAUGAAGAAAAGGACGUCCCACAAAAAACAUCGGAGGGAUGUAGGACCCAGCACAACUGUUUCCCAGCCCCCACAGAGCAUCAUAGGCUGCAGGAUUCGGCAUGGGUGGAAAGAGGGGAACAGCCCUGUCACCCAGUGGAAAGGAACCGUUCUGGACCAGGUGCCUGUAAAUCCUUCUUUGUAUCUUAUAAAAUACGAUGGAUUUGACUGUGUUUAUGGACUAGAACUUAAUAAAGAUGAAAGAAUUUGUGCACUUGAAAUCCUCCCUGAUAGAGUUGCAACAUCUCAAAUCAAAGAUGCACACCUAGCCGACACAAUGAUUGGCAAAGCAGUGGAGCACAUGUUUGAGACCCAGGAUGGCUCUAAAGACGAGUGGAGGGGAAUGAUCCUAGCACGUGACCCCAUAAUGAACACGUGGUUUUACAUCACCUAUGAGAAAGAUCCUGUCUUGUACAUGUACCAGCUCUUAGAUGAUUAUACAGAAGGUGACCUUCACAUUAUUCCUGAUUCAAUUGAUUCAUCUCCAGCAGAAAGGAAACCAGGAGAAGUCCUGGACAGCCUGGUAGGCAAACAAGUGGAAUAUACCAAAGAAGAUGGCUCUAAAAGGACUGGCAUGGUCAUCCAUCAAGUAGGGACCAAACCUUCUGUCUGUUUCAUUAGAUUUGAUGAAGAUUUCCAUAUUUAUGUCUAUGAUUUGGUGAAAACAUUCUAG